CUCCGCCCGCCGGCGCCUUCGGGUCCGCCCCCCGACGGUCCGAUGGCAAUAGGAUCCCGACGGGAAAUAGCGUCCCACCGGUCGCGCCGUAGCCUCGUCGCUCCGCUCUGCCCCGCCCCAGGCCCACGAGGUCCUGGGUUGGAGGGUGUGAGCGGGCUACCGCCGCGCCUGAGGCUGCGGUUCGAGCCUGCAAGCGAAGGUGUGGCGGGGCGGCAGCGGGGAGCUGGACCGCGUUGGUUAAAACACCUGAGCGGGGACGGAGAGUUCCGGCGGAACGCGUGGCUAGGCGCCCGGCGGCGGGGGGGACGCCUUUGCGGGUAGCAGAACGCGGAAGCAGCUCGGCGCGGAGUGGCGGAGCUGAGCGCAGGGUGUCCGCGGAGCACAGCGGGGCCGCGGCCUCCCCUGGCGCCGCCGCCAUGUCCUCCGAUUUCGAGAGCUACGAGCAGGACUUCGCGGUGCUGACGGCCGAGAUCACGGGCAGGAUCGGGAAGGUGCCCAAGCUGGUAGGAGAUGAGAAGAAGCAGAUGGUUGCAAAUAUUGAGAAACAGCUCGAAGAAGCAAGAGAACUGCUUGAGCAAAUGGAACUUGAAGUUCGAGAGAUCCCACCUCAAAGCCGAGGAAUGUACAGCAGUCGAAUGAGAAGCUACAAACAAGAAAUGGGAAAACUUGAAGCUGACUUCAAAAGGUCACGAAUCGCCUACAGUGAUGAGGUGCGGAAUGAGCUCCUAGGGGAUGAUGGGAAUUCCUCAGAGAACCAGUUGAUAAAAUUACGUGAAGAGAGGGCACAUCUGCUCGAUAACACAGAGAGGCUGGAAAGGUCAUCUCGGAGACUAGAGGCUGGAUACCAAAUAGCAGUGGAAACCGAGCAGAUUGGACAGGAGAUGCUGGAAAACCUCAGCCAUGACAGAGAGAAGAUCCAGCGUGCUCGGGAAAGGCUUAGAGAAACAGAUGCAAACCUGGGGAAGAGUUCCAGGAUUUUGACGGGAAUGUUGCGAAGGUAAGGCCCAGGAUCAUCCAAAACCGGAUUUUGAUCGUGGUUCUGGCAGUCAUCAUUAUCUUCACCACCAUGAUGGCUAUUUUUUUUUCUGUCAGGGGACGCUGAUAUCUUUGUUCUUCACUAAACAGCAACAAACUGCUUGUUCGAAGUAAUUAAGACAAAGUGGUCACAUGAAUCAUUCUCUUGCACUGACAGAGUCUCCCUCUCUUUUCCACUCUUCAACUCAGGUGCAAGUGGUGUAAAAUAUUUUGUAUUAUGGAUGGCAUAGUUGAUGGCAUGUGGCGUUGAUUAUUAUUUCCUACAGUUUUGUCUUUAUCUGAGUGUUUUCAGAAGCUUAAUAUUUGUUGGGGUGAAGGCUUGUUCUGGUAUAAAAAGACUUACCAUGUGUUGAAUUCUACCCCAGACAAUUAGCCUGUAAGUUUAGCCAGGGAAGAGGGGUCUUUGCACUUUUCUUGUGCUACACGGGGUAUAUGAAUAUCAAGCAGUAUCUGACCUUCUGUGAUAUAGAAUAUAAGUAAAGCAAAGACCAAAGCAUGUAGAAAGUGAACCUGUCUCCUGUGACUAACUUGAGAUCGUGAAUUAUCGUAAUAGAUGUAACCCGGUUAAGAACAGUAGUUAGUUUUAAAAAGAGAGCAACCUUAGGAUGAUGUUUAAUAUCUGGUGUGGAUCCAGCACUCUAUUUAACAUUUUUUUUUUUAAUAGGAUUUCUUUUCUGCUUUUUCAAAACAACUCCACUUUCAUCAAGAUCAUGAUAAUGCAUCACGUACCCAAAAUGUAGUUGUGGCCACAGCCCAUCUGUUGAAUCUCUUUUAAAUCUUCCAGUGUUAAUAUACGUACCAAUAAGCAGACACACUAGGCCCUAAUUGAGGAUUUAUAAAGAGAUCCUAAGUAAUAGUUAAGUGACAAAUACAUGAUUACAGUGAAUUAAAUGAAAAUCUAGAUUUUUAAUAUUGGCCUGACUAUGUUGAGACUGCAUGUUGGAGAUAUUUUUAGUGUAUUCAGUUCUGAUGGGAUAAUCCCCUUUUUAAACAGAAACUGUAAAAGUGUUAAUUUAUACAUGCCUUUAGCUGGUAUAAUAUAUCAUAGUUUCAUCUAACUGUGUGUAAAUGAGCUGUUUCUCUUUUCUUAUUGGCUGUGCUUCUCCUAUAGGCAGGUCUAGGUCAUUUGGCUUAUAAUUAAGCUUAUAACUCCAGAAAAGGUCUAUUUCUGGUGAUGUGGCAAAGUAAUUUCCAUGAUAACUUGUAAAUUCAUUAUAUGCAAUCCGUUACAAAUGUUACAAAUUGAGAGGGAUUUUGAGCCCUUGAACUUAACCUGUAAAAUCUCUUCAGAAAGAUGGUCAUAAUAAAAAAAGCUGGUGACUUUCAAAUUCCUCCCAAAUUAGGUAGGAACUGAGCACCAAAUUCUUAUGUGUGCAUUAUUACUUUUGGGGUUUUGGCAUCCAUGCAGUCUCUGCCAACUUGCUCUGCUGUCCCUAAGAGUUGAUUUUAGGAUAAACAUCUGGAA